AUGUCUGCAGCAGCACGCGCAGAAGCACGGCGUAAAGCCAUUCUCAGCAGGGGGACAGACAGACUAGCAAAACUUACAACCUCUGCCCGUGGCGAAGACGCACCAGCGUACCUGCACGAUGGCGAAGAAUCGAGCAGCAGUAACAUGCCCACCCCGAACCGAUUCACUCCAUCUCCGUCGCCGUCUCCCCAGCCCAAGCCGAAGCCAAGGUCAAUCUCCACACCUCCACGAACGAUCAACCCAUUCGACGCUGCUGGGCUGGGUGCUGGUUCGAGUCCUAUCCCGGACCCGUCGGUCUGGUCCCCAGAACAGCAGCAGCAGUUCAUGCAGGCUCUGAUGGGUGCCGCGCCUGCGUCGCCUUUACCACAGUCCCCGCUUGAUCCGUUCUCGCCUGUUGAUCCCUCCCUUCCGCCUAUGGAUAAUCCGUUGGCAAUGUUGUUCCAGCAGGCGGCUAGUAAUAAUGAUGGCGGUGCUGGUCCUGCGGGUGGUGGUAUGUUCCCCCCGUUUGGGGGUGUGAAAGGUGGGAAGGGACCUGCGCAGGCAAGGGAGACGACGAAGUUGCAAAAGGCGAUGCCGUUGCUGCAUAUGCUGGCGAUGUGGUGUUUGUUGGUGUACUUUGUGUUAUGGAUGGAGCCAAAGACGUAUGAGCAGGUUGGCGCGGGCGCGGGUGGGGAGGUUGUGGGUGUGUGGAAAAGGUGGGCUGAGCUUGGACGGAGCGGUGCGGUUGCGAGGGUGUUUAGGGUGCAGUUGGUGCCAUUCUUUUGGGCAUUCACGACUUUACAAAUUAUAUUGCAUUCCUUGCGGAUAUUCUCGGGCUUUGACGCCGUCCAACCGCCAGCGCUACUAGCACUCGCGCUACCGCACCUGCCACCACCGUUCCCUUCGGUUAUCAUGAACGCGAUGAAGUACAUGCAGAUGGGGUCGCUCUUCCUUGACGACCUGGCUGGGCUAGUAGUGGGGAUUGGGUUUAUCGUUUAUUUCGCUGGUCUUUUCGCUGGCUAG